ACCUUUCUUCCCUUUCUCCCUCCUCUCUCUCACCACUCUCUAAUUACCAAAAACCCUGUCCCUCUGCCGCCACCAUGCUCUCCACCCUCCCUCCCUCCGACCCAUUUCUCGACAACCCAUUCUCCGCCUUCUCCGGCAGUUUCCCACCAUGGGAUUUCCAUGACCUUUUUUCCGACGACAUCAAACCCACUACUCCCUUACUCAUAACUUCAAGUUCCGGUUCAGAUGAACCGAACCAACCCCAUGAGAAACGUAAACCGGACUCAGACGAACCGAACCACCGGGUCAUCGACGAGCGAAAGAGGAGACGAAUGAUAUCGAACCGGGAAUCGGCCCGAAGAUCACGGAUGCGUAAACAGAGACAUGUUGAGAAUCUAAGGAAUCAGUUGAACAAGUGUAGACUCGAAAACCGGGAAAUGAAAAACCGGUUGCAAUUCAUUUUGUUUCACUUGAACCGGAUAAGAACCGAAAAUGAUUGGCUCCGGUCUGAGCGAACCGUGCUGAACCAAAGAAUCAACAAUUAUACUCAAAUUUUGGUUUGCCAACAAUUUCAACCUUUCACCCCUGCGUGGACAUGUAAUACUACUACGGUGGAAUAAUUCAUCUUGAUUAAUCAAUUAAUCAAGUAAAAUACUGAUGAUAUAAUCUUGAUUAAAAUUCUAAGACAAAGUAGUAAUUUGUCUGUGUAAAUUAUUAAAAUUAGAUAAAAAUGAUUAAAAAGAAAACUCUGGGGAUUUUCCGUGCUAUUUUUGGGGGAAAAAGCUAGGACUGGUUUUGGAAAAUAUUGUUGAUUUUUUCAAAGCCAUAAGGGUAAUAUAUUGAUUAAAAUUAUAUAUUUAUGUAUAAUAUUUGUCCUUUUUUGGAAUAAAUAUAUGCCAUUUUUCGGUUU